AUGUCGGCGUUGUUUAUUUUGAAACGAACAACUACAUCAUCGCAUAGUGAUCGACGGAAAAUAGCCAAUUCUGUMAUGUUUCGAGACAGCUGCUAUUCGCUGGGCACGAGAUCGYUGCCUGGCCACGACCGGUCGUCACCAUCUUCGUCAAUUUGCUCUGCGAGCUACGCAGGGCGACUAGAAAACGAGUCCAGACAAGUCUCUGGCUAUGAAACGUUUCCGGUUUCAUUUUCCGACGUGCCGUUGUUCGACGGCGGCGACGAUGACGAUGGUGGCGACCAGACGUUCCAAUGUACGUUGGCCAUUAUCAAACCGGAAGUUGUCCGGUUGAUGUACAAGGUGGAAUGUGUGAUGGAACAAAAUGGAUUUAUCGUCAAAACGAAGGAAGUGUUGCGCUUGUCCCGGGAUCAGGUGGCGGAGUUCUAUGAAGAGCACGCACAAGCGCCAUACUUUACCAGACUUGUCAAUCACAUGUCCGGAGGCCCAGUAGUGGUGUACGUGUUGUCCAAAAGAAAUUGCGUCGAAGAAUGGCAGCGGCUAAUCGGUCCGGCGGACGUUUCUCGGGCCAAGCGUUUGUUUCCGGUCAGUCURCGAGCCAUAUACGGAACGGAACUGGGGUCAGAUCCGGUAGCCAACGCGUUCCAYGGCAGCGAUUCUCCUGCAGCGGCCGAACGAGAAAUAAAAUUCUUUUUCCCAAACAACAAAGUGGAUGCAACCACGGAAGGCGGGGAUGACUUGGAGGAGUACAUAAAAGACGCCAUGAUGCCAACAAUUUCCACAGGUCUGUCGAAAAUGUUCAACAUCCGACCCAACGACCCGCUAAGAUGGUUUGGAAAUUGGUUGUUAACCAGGGAUGUAUAA